AUGCUCACCCCUGUCCAUUUCUUCUCGCAUGGGUCGACGAUGAUGCUGGGCGAGGAGUCGACCUCCGCCUCGUACUGGAAAAGCUGCGGCGACGAAGCUUUGAAAAACGGGAUCAAAGGCGUGAUCGUGAUGGGCGCGCACUGGGACUGCUAUGGCGACCAAAUCCAGGUGUCGACGAACGCGCAGCCGGGCAAGUCGCCGGUGGCAUACGUGCAUCCCGAGAAAUACGUGGAUUACGCCCUGAACCCGGAUAUCCCGACGGCCCAACGGGUGAUUUCGAUGCUCGCCGCUGCCGGGUUCAACGCAUCGGGCAACGAGAGCUUUGACUGGAUCCACGACGUGUAUCUGAUUCUGAUCCGGAUGUUUCCUGCGCAGUGUCCGCCGACAACCAUCGUCUCGCUCAACGCCCGCUACGACCCGCACUUCCACCUCAAGGUCGGCUCGACGCUGCGCUCGCUGCGCGGAGAGGGAUACCUGCUCAUCGGCACGGGCGGCGCGGUGCACAACCUCUACCGCAACCGGUGGGCGCCGAUGCUGCGCUUCCGAGACAACUUCGCGCAGGAGACGCCGCCCGAGGCCUGGGCGCUGGAGUUCCGCCAGUCGGUCGAAGAUGUGCUGCUCAAGACCUCUGGACCGGCCCUGCGCCGCGCCAUGACGCGCCUCAUGAAGCAUCCGCACUAUCGCGAUGCACAUGCUACCGACGACCAUUUCAUGGCCGCCAUGUUUGUCGCGGGGGCGGCGGGCGAUGCCCAGGAUGAGGGAUCCCGCGCUGUCUUGGGCGCUGAGACGUGGGAGUUGACCAACAUGUGUAACUCGCAGUUUACCAUUCACAGUGCGGUAUAG